AUGUCUACGGACAAGGCAAACAUUAACCCUUUGAUAGCAAAGCCGAUGAAAGAUGGAUGCUUACUAUGUUUGAUUUGUAAUACUCAGGUUAAGAGCAAAGUGUGGGUAGCGCACUCGAAAGGUAGAAAGCAUCUUGAAAACAUUAAAUUACUGAAAAUGCGCCACGCAGAACAGAGUAGUAUGAUACAAACCCAAGUUCCGCAAACGUCAUUGGGAAGUGGGAAGAGGGUAGCGAAUUCAUUACAAGAGUCUUUACCACCGUCUGCAAAGAAAAAAAAAGAAGAACCUGAAGAACAACAGGCUGAAACGAGUUAUAACGGUGAAAAAACGCCGUGGCAGAAAACUAAAGAUUCUGGCGGCACCAGGAGCGAAAAACCCGUUUCGAAACAUACUAUUGCUGGUGUCCCUGAAGGGUUUUUUGAUGACGAAAUGAUAGAUAGUAGAGUUGAAGAAACGGUAGAGAAACAAGCAAAGAUGGAGGAAGAAUAUGCUGCUUUCAAGAAGGAAUUGGAAGAUGCUGAAAACGAGCAAGAGAAGGAGAACGAUGUUGAGGAAGAAACGUUUUCCUUAGAAAGGGAUGUUAGCCACAUUGAUGAACACAUCGCUGGUUGGAAGGCCUUAAAUAAGUUAGAAAUUCAUAGGGAGGAGAUCGCUGCGACGACGAAUGUAUGCAGCGAACUCACGCAGAACAGCGAGAUGUCCGAUGAAGACGAAGCUGAUUCUGACUGCAUCGAAGAUCUGUCAUGGCGCAACAAGCACUUCUUAUAA